AUACAGAUUAUGUACUUUUGAGACGACCCCUUUAAUGUUGUUUAUGUGUAACCUCCCUUGAAACAAGUAUUUUGUCGAUAGAUGGCGAAGGGGGGACAAUCCUUAUGGGUAAAUAUGUCUGCUAAAUGUUUUGUUCUGUACAUUUAGUUCGUUUUGCUGAACCAGUGAUUUGAACAGCUGACCCUUAAUUAGUGGAAUUGUUCAAAUAACAAAUAUAUCAGCAAAUACGUAUUCUGUUCGAGGGUCCAAUGUGUAGUAAGGUGUUAUCGCUGACAACGAGAUCAAGUUUAGGCACUCGUUUCGUUGUUAUUCGCCGAGUCUACAGGUCUGUUGAUGGCGUCUGCUCCAAAGUAUCAGUGACUGGGAUCAGUCCUUUGUUUAACUCUAAUUAGUGCGGGAAAUGAGCAGGAAUGCGUAAAACAAAGGCCCUUCUCUCGCGAAAAAUCGGACCAGCUUUUAGGUUGUUGAGGUACAAAAUGGUGGAUUCUGCUGACAAGAUGAAAAUUAAACAGGAAGUGCAAGAUGUUCAUGACAACAUGGCAAAUGCAGAGACACAAACAAGAGAUGGGACAAGCCAUGACAGUUUAUCAAAUGAUGCAACAAGGGACAGGAGUACUGUCAAUAAGACAGAUAGAGGUACAGACAGCAGUCAUCUCCAUGAUCGUCAAGAACAGGUUACGGACAAACACUCUUCCAGACAAAGUUUCACAGUCAGUGGGACAAAUCAGAUCAUGUUGAAUUCCCAGCAGUCAGUAGUGAUGAGAAAUGGCUUUACUCAGGAGAAAAACAUCUCAGCCAGUGAAACAGAUCACACCAGAAUACCACAAAAUUCAAUAAUAAUGGCUGAUAGGGAAAUUGCAAUUAAGUUGGAACGUUCAGACAAUGAGGUAGAAUCUGAAUCCAUUAAAGUUGAACAGUCUCAGUAUCAUGAGACUGGCGGAAUGAAUUCAGGUGAUGUUUUCAUGAGGUCUGAUUCCUCAUUUCCGUCAGAAGUGACGAUUAAAGAGGAAGACGAUCUUCAACAGGUAACAACCAAUCAAGGGGAGAAUGCGAACAAAACUCUCAACACAGGGUUCAUUAAUAAGCGAACCCGCGGCCUAGGAAAAUAGGAUCAGAUCAGUUGUCUUCCCAGCUUCAGGAAAGGAAGCUGUCCUCUUCCAGUGUUGUCGUAAUCACACCAGAAACAAUAGGAACUGAAGUAGACUUAAACUCGGACAGAAGGAUAUUUUCACAAAGAGUCACAUCACAGAGUGACCAAUCAGAUGAGCCGUUACUGAAGAAAAUCAAACAAGAGCCAUCCGACGACCCAGGGGUUCACAUUAUGCAUAGCGUGAAACCAUCACAUGGUAUUUUAAGAUGUGUCUUUUGUGGGAGCAAAUUUGCCCAGAUUGUUCGAUUCAGGCAUCAUAUGAAAACGCAUUGUGAACGAAAACCGUAUUUGUGUGGAAAAUGUGAUAAUGGCUACUACUUUCUCAAAGAUCUCCAUGAUCACUUCAGAAACAGCCACUGGAAACAGGUGCAGUAUUCAUGUAGCGUCUGCAAGGAGUAUGUCAGAUCAGAACAAAAACUUGCUACCCAUUUGACAAACUGUCACCCGACUGACCUGCUUUUUUGUGGGAUCUGUGGUCUCGUGCCAAAUACUGAUCAGAACUUUCUAAAUCAUUUGCAAAUUCAUACAAACAAACCAUCAGGAAAGUGUGGAGUGUGCUUGAAAGUGUAUACUGAGUGCAGUGAGCUGGAAUUACAUCUGAAGCAGCAUUUUGAGCAAGGACAGUACAUGUGCACCAAGUGUAACCAAACUUUUAAGACUGCUGUAGAGUUUUCAAAACAUGCAAAGCUUCAUUGUGGGGUAAAUCCCUUUCCUUGUGAGCAGUGUGGGCGCCGAUUCCGAACCAAAAUGGACCUACAUGUGCACGUGUCCAUCAUGCACAUCAUGCACAGUCUCCACGUGUGUGAGUUGUGCAACACUAAAUUUUCUGGGAUACAGCAGCUAAAAAGCCACAUGCAUGUUCACACCACAUAUGAAUGUAAUUUCUGUGGAAAUGUCUAUAACAAAGAUGAACAUCUAAAAUCACAUAUGAAAACACAUACGGUAACUGUCCAGUAUCUCUGAUAGAAAUUCUGGGGCGGUUGGUUAGCCUAGUAGUGGUUCGUUUGCUCGUCACGUUGAAGGCCUGGUUCGAAUCCCCACAUGGGUACAAUGUGUGAAGCCCAUUUCUGGUGUCCCCUGCUGUGAUAUUGCUGGAAUAUUGCUAAAGGCAGCGUAAAACCAAACUCACUCAGUGACCAGGGUUUUAACUUGACUUGCAAACAUGGUUUUUUUGUGGACCACUUAUUAUUAGUUUUAGGUUUCCUUGCAGGUAAUGUGAGGGUCCUGUGAAGUAAUGAUGAAGAGAACUGUAUGUUUUGAUAAUUUCUUUACCGCCUCCGUGGUGUAGUGGUUAAAGCGUCCACCCGGAGAGCGGAAG